GGGGCUGCUGGGCUAGCAAAUCUGCUUCCUGCCCAGGAGAGAGAGACAGACAGACACACACACACAUCUAUAUAUAAGUCUCUGCUGCAAAUAUAUUUGAAAGACUGCAUAGUAUCAGCUGAGCCUCCUUCUCCUCCAUAGGGACCAGUGCAACCCUACGUGAAGACUUCAAGAAGCAUGGGAGUCACCUGUGUGUCUCAGAUGCCCGUGGCAGAGGGGAAGAGCGUCCAGCAAACAGUUGAAAUCCUAACAAGGAAAUUGGAGCUGCUGGGAGCAGAGAAACAAGGAACAUUUUGUGUGGACUGUGAGACCUACCACACCGCUGCCUCCACCAUGGGCAACCAAGGGCAGGCUGGCAAGCUGAUGUACGUGAUGCAUAACUCUGAAUAUCCCCUCAGCUGUUUCGCUCUCUUUGAAAACGGCCCCUGCCUCAUAGCAGAUGCCAACUUUGAUGUCCUGAUGGUGAAACUGAAAGGCUUUUUCCAAAACGCCAAGGCAAACAAGAUAGAGAGCCGGGGUACGCGGUACCAGUACUGUGACUUCUUGGUGAAGGUUGGCACUGUUACCAUGGGGCCCAGUGCCCGGGGAAUAUCUGUGGAGGUGGAAUACUGCCCAUGUGUGGUAGCCAACGACUGCUGGAACCUGCUCAUGGAGUUCAUGCAAAGCUUCAUGGGGAAUCACACUCCUGGAAACCCAUCCGUGUUUGGCAACAAGCACGACAACAUCUACAGCCCAGGUGACACAAUGGCUCAGUACAUGGAACUGUUCAACAAGAUCCGCAAACAGCAGCAGGUGCCUGUAGCUGGGAUCAGAUGAAGAAGACUCCAGGAGACUUUUUUUUUUCUUUUUAAAGUGACAAUAUCCUCUUUUUUCUGAUUGUCCUCAUGGAUCAGGAAUACCAGCCCUUUGCUCAGUAAUGUCCUGAAGAUGUCUUCCCCCUAAAGAAAAACAUCAUUCAUCUCCAUAUAGCAGGGGUAGAAUCAGUUUUUCCUACCUCCAAGCUUGGUCUCAAAUAUAGUGUGUGUUUCAUCCCUUAUUCAGUGGUUAGUCCAUUGGCGCUGAUGUGUCUCAAUGCAACAUCAGUGCUUGAUUCUGGUGAUAAAUGUUCUUCUGCAGAAGGAUAAAGUAGAAAAUGCAGCUGUGUGCGCACACAGGCAGGGUUUUAUUGUCCCUCAUUUUCCUUAGUGGCAGGCUGGUGAAUGUGGGUUUUGGGGAUAUUCAUAUGGAAGCAUUUUGGUACCACUUUAAUAAUAAUUAAAAAAAGGCUUAUUUUCAUAUAAA